AAAUAAUAUUAUGCUAUUACUUGUCAGAAGGCUGUUCGAGUAACUGAAAAGCAAAUUUUGUACAGGUUUGACACUGUUCCCGGUUCACUGAUGGAUGGUUCGUUCUGUUCUUCUUUCAUACAUGCAUGUGGAGGAUGGAAAUAGACUUAAUAUGGACCUGUCAUCUGCGGAAUGCAGCAAGGUAGAUAAACGGCAAGACAGACAGAUGAUGAUAUGUGACAGUUACUCCUAAAGGAUGGAUGUUUUACUAAUGUUACUGGUGUCAGUUCUCUGUAUUUCGAGUCCUGUUCAUUCAGACAACUGUGAAUAUGAUUGCCGGAAUUUUGGUAGGCCGUCCAAGGUGUGCGGAAAAUGUUUGUGCGUCAACCACACUGGAGACCUGUGUGAACUGGAUGAUCCAUCGGUCGACAUUGUCGUGGCAUCCACAAACAUAUUUCUGGGUCUGAGCUUUAAUAUAAUGUGUGCGAUUUCCGACGCCGCUGGUUUUGGUAUUAUAGCGAAUAAAGUGGAGUUCUUUAAAGGCGCUGAAGAGCCCGCCUAUAUGCUGCAGGACGGGUCGAAAUGUUCAGAACACAAUAACAUUCCAGGCUAUAAAGCCAAAUGCGGGAAGGGGACGGACGACGUCGACUCGGAUGAUAAGCUCUACACCUUGCAGAUAGCCCUGGUAAAAGAAGAUGAUGCCACUAACUGGUCUUGUAAAAUAGACUAUUCAGAUAUUGCGAUACCCCCCAGUAAGAGACUCAGAAUACCCGGUAAGUAG